ACACUAACAUUGCGCGCGUGCUAUAUUUUGUGGCAGUGGCAGUUGUGCCAUGGUUGUGCCGCUUCCUUGAUUGCUGUCGACGCCGUCGAUUUGCUGCUUCGUGGUACUAUUUCGUACUACGUAGCACUCGCGUGCCUGCAUGAGCUCUUCUGCCUAAUUAAUUGUGCCAAUUUCAAGAUAACAGUGAUAAUAGCGUUGUCGAUGCAACAGUAAGGGCGGCUCUCCUGCAGGCAAGGCCUCUCCUCGCACGUCACGUGCGUGCGAGUAUUUCGCUCAGUCUGAUCCCCGUACUGCCAUGAACACUGGCUAUGUCCGCGAUUCUUUGAGCUUGGAACGGGAAGGCAAAGUCAGGGAAGUGGGAGCGCAAGCUGUGUGGUCGUUGUCAUCUUGUAAGCCGGGAUUCGGCGUUGAUCAACUGCGUGACAACUGCCUCGACACGUACUGGCAGUCCGAUGGGCCUCAGCCGCACCUAGUCAACAUUCAGUUUCGCCGCAAGACGACUAUUCAGGGGAUAUGCAUUUACGCAGACUAUAAACUCGACGAGAGCUACACACCUAACAGGAUUUCUGUGCGUGUGGGCAGCAGUUUCCACGACCUGCAGGAGCUGGAGGCUGUAGACUUGACGGAGCCCACGGGCUGGGUGCACAUUGCUACACGUGACGCAGCUGGCCACCCUGUGAGGACCUUCUUUGUGCAAAUUGCUGUGCUGUCGAAUCACCAGAACGGUCGGGACACCCAUCUUCGCCAGAUCAAAGUGCACUCACCUGUCCAGCAAGCCAAUGUCAGCGUCAUGCCAAAAGUCAACUUCACCAGUGUCAACUGCCGUGCCUUCAGCUGCAUCCGCUGAUGCCUCUGUUUAACAA